AAGAAUGUUCUUGAAGUUCUUCCCUCAGUUAUCCAAUGAUUCUCAUGAAUUUAACAAAAGUGAGAUUCAACGGAUUGCAGACAAAUUUGCUACCUUUGAUAUACCUGGGAAUGAUACAUUUGGCCCUUAUGAUCUGCUUAAUUUUACUGUCAAUGGACCUUAUUUAAACAUGCCACUUCCAUCUUUAAAGGGUAAAGGAAUGAGCAAAGGCGCCUUGGCUGGAAUCGUGUUGGGGUCCAUCUUCUGUGCCAGCAUGGUACUUUUAGGUGUCGUACUUUUACUCUUAAAGAAGAAUCAGCAGCUCCCACUCAAUGCUGUGAAAGAUAAAUCACUCGGAAAAGUUACAAUAAUAAUGGAUGGAGUGAAGGCAUUCAGCUUUAAAGAGUUGCAAGCAGCAACAAGCGGAUUUAACAUUGCUACUCAAGUUGGCGAAGGAGGAUACGGAAAGGUCUCUAAAGGUACUUUAGCGGAUGGCACAGUUGUCGCUAUAAAGCGUGCACAACAAGGUUCUUUGCAGGGUGAAAAAGAGUUCUACACUGAGAUAGAAAUGUUGUCUCGUUUACAUCACAGAAAUCUGGUUUCAUUGGUUGGAUAUUGUGAUGAGGAGGACGAACAGAUGUUGGUAUAUGAGUUCAUGCCAAAUGGCUCAUUACAUGACCUCCUAUCUGCUAGGUAUAGAUCACCUCUAAGUUUUGCGACAAGAUUGCAUAUUGCACUAGGUUCGGCAAGAGGAAUUCUUUACCUCCAUACAGAAGCUGAUCCUCCUAUCAUUCAUCGCGAUAUCAAGGCAAACAACAUAUUGUUGGACUCUAAGUGGACAGCCAAAGUAUCUGAUUUUGGAAUCUCAAAGCUUGCACCAGUAUCAGAUGUAAAAGGAGUUACAGAAACACACAUCUCCACCAAUGUGAAAGGAACACCGGGUUAUCUUGAUCCAGAAUACUUUUUGACCCACAAGUUAACGGAAAAAAGCGAUGUUUAUAGCCUUGGUGUAGUAUUUCUAGAACUCUUAUCAGGGAGGCAACCUAUAUCUCAUGGACGGAACCUUGUGAGAGAGGUUAACAUGGCAUGUCAAUCUGGAAUGAUGUUUUCCAUCAUAGACGAGAGUAUGGGGCCAUAUCCUUCAGAGUGUAUAAAGAAAUUUAUGCAAUUGGCCAUCAUGUGUUCUCAAAAUGAAAUGAAGGGUAGACCUUCUAUGUUGGAAGUGGUGAGAGAGCUCGAAAACAUAUCUUCAGCACUUCUAGAAUGUGACAACACUACAUUGGAGUUAAACUUAAAUACCAUAACUUCUGAAUCCUCACCCUCAGCAUCAGCCCCAUCAUCUUCAAUCUAUUCUAAAACUCGUACUUAUGUCUCCAACAAUCUCCCUGGAAGUAACCUUGUUAGUGACUUUUUCCCUACCAUCAAUCCUCGUUGACUAGUUCAAUAAUGAUCAUAGAUCAGUUGCACUCUUAAACUAUCACUGUUUGAAAGAUACACAAUUUGUUUUCAUUUAAUUUAAAUUUUUCCAUAUGGAUCUUAGCUUGUAAACUUUAACAAUGCCUUUGGGUUAAAGAAAAUGCUGCUGUAAUUUUACUUUUAUUAUGUCCUUUCUAUUUUCAUUUGAAGAAACUUGAAUGGCA